CCUUUUCUUUUUCUUUUCUUUUUUCUUAAUUUUUUUUCCUUUAUUUAUUAAUAAUUGUAAAGAAUUGACACGUAUUUGAUGAUAGAGGACACAAUCCUUGUAUAUAAAUACCUAGACAGCCAAUGUAUGCCUUACUCCCAUCAAGAUUUGCAAAAGCCAAACUCACACUUCUCUUUUUUGAGUAUCAAACAUUUUGUAGCUACUAUUAACAACAACUACUACUACUCCACAACAAAUCAAGAAAAUCAAAAGAGAAAAAAGAAAGAUAUGUGUAAUCCAAAACCCUCUUCUCCUUCCUCCUUCAUCUCUCCUAAUAAAACCAUUCUCUUUAACCCCACUAAAACCAUGGCUGCUGCUGAUGAUGAUGAUCAUCAAGACCUCCAUAGGUGGCCAUCCCCUUCCGAGGCCCUUGAAGAAAUGAAAGAGAUAGGAAAAAUAUCCGGGCCAACAGCAAUCACAGGGCUGAUACUAUAUUCAAGAGCCAUGAUAUCCAUGCUGUUCCUCGGCUACCUAGGUGAGCUUGAGCUCGCCGGCGGGUCCCUCUCCAUCGGAGUAGCCAACAUCACCGGCUACUCUGUAAUCUCCGGCCUAGCCAUGGGUAUGGACCCCAUUUGCGGCCAAGCUUACGGCGCCAAGCAGAUGAAGCUCUUGGGCCUCACUCUGCAGCGAACCGUGUUGCUCCUUCUUACAACCUCGAUCCCAAUCUCUUUCAUGUGGCUGAAUAUGAAGAGGAUCUUGCUAUGGUGCAAUCAGGACGAGGAAAUCUCGACCGUUGCUCAGACGUUUAUCGUUUUCGCGAUACCGGAUCUUUUUUUUCUUUCCUUUCUUCACCCGCUGAGAAUCUAUCUGAGGACUCAGGGUGUGACUCUGCCGUUGACUUGCUGCUCCACGGUGUCGGUUGUUCUGCACGUGCCGUUGAAUUUCUUGCUGGUGAGGUAUUUCGGGAUGGGGGUUUCUGGGGUGGCGUUGGCUAUGGCGCUGACGAAUUUGAAUCUGGUGGUUUUGCUCUGCUUGUAUGUUUACUUUUCCGGGGUGUAUAGGGAGUCUUGGGUGGCGCCGAGUGGUGACUGUUUGAGGGGGUGGUCGGCGCUGCUUUCGCUGGCGGUGCCGACGUGUGUUUCCGUUUGUUUGGAGUGGUGGUGGUACGAGCUGAUGAUAAUGCUGUGUGGGCUGCUGGCGAAUCCGAGGGCGACGAUUGCUUCAAUGGGGAUUCUGAUCCAGACGACGUCGUUGGUUUACGUUUUCCCUUCGUCGCUGAGUUUGGGGGUUUCGACUCGGGUGAGUAACGAGCUCGGGGCGCGGCGACCGGCGAGGGCUAGGGUUUCGAUGAUCGUGUCGAUGUUCUGCGCGGCGGCGCUGGGUGUGGGGGCGAUGGCGUUCGCGGUCCUGAUGCGGCACCGCUGGGGGAGGCUGUUCACGGCGGACGCGCAGAUUCUGGAGCUGACGACGGCGGCGCUGCCGAUAGCCGGGCUCUGCGAGCUCGGGAACUGCCCGCAGACAACCGGGUGCGGGGUUCUGAGGGGGAGCGCGCGGCCGACGAUUGGGGCGAACAUCAACCUGGGAUCGUUCUACUUGGUCGGAAUGCCGGUGGCGUUCCUGAUGGGGUUUGUACUGAAGAUGGGUUUCGCCGGACUGUGGGUGGGUUUGCUAGCGGCGCAGGCCUCGUGCGCCGUGCUGAUGCUGGUUGUUCUUUGCAGGACUGACUGGAGUGUUCAGGUUGAGAGAGCCAAGGAACUAACGGCAACACAUCAAUCUCCGUCGCCGGCGCCGUUAAUACUACCGGUUUCGUUAACGGCGGCAGAAGCCAUUAAUAAAAAUGUGCGCAAUAAUAAUAAUAAUAAUAAUGGGAAUUUAUUAUGUGAUAGUGAUGAGUUGGAAAACAUGUCAGCUUCAACUGAAACAGAUCCUCUCAUCGUAAUAACUACACAAAUUCUGCAUUAGCUAUUUUUUUUUUAAUUUUCUUUUUUUUUAAUGGGGCCCUUUGUAUCAAUUUAUGAUGAACGAGGGGGGCCGAUGUGCAAAAUUUUGAAUUUUAUUUUGACCCCUUUUUAAUUUAGAGACCUUCGAUUCCACCCCUCUCCUUUAGCUUUUUAUUAAUUAACAUAUCAGCUAUUAUUAAAUAUUGUUCUCUUCGUUUAUUAUAUUCCUCCUCUUUUUAAGGCA